AUGCCCAAGGAGGAGUCACUUCACCAAGACAGCAAACCAAAAAUUAAUGGCAGUUUUGGCCCUUCCCAGGAAUGUGACCUUAAACCAGGAGCGGCCAGCAGCCCUGAGUGCCUGAAAGCCCAGAAGGAGUACCUUUUGGCCUUUAAGUGGAAGUUUUCCUGGGGCUUAUCCCACCAAGGAAAUUACUCCUCUUCUCUUUCCUCAGGCCCAGGUGUGGGUGGAGCGCCCUCUGAAGACUGCCUGAUUCAGAGCAUUCCGGGUUCCUUUUGUCUGUGAAUCUCAUCUGCGCCAUCCCCUACACGCUGUGCCAGCCUCUUUCUAGAAGAAAUGGCUUCUCGAGAGGAUGCCUGCAACUUUAGAUUUGAUUCCAAACACAGUUCCCGUAAUUCCACGAACCCUGAAUUUGCAGCCAAAGCUGGGGGUCAAAAUGGUAACACUGAGGAACCGAACACGGUCCAGAGAGGCAGAGGCAGACAGAGAGACCGAGGCUCCUCAGUGACCUACUGGAUGCCUAGCCAAAGCAUAUUGGUAAAAUCAGUGCCAAAAGGAAAGGGAGAGGCUGCCACUAGUGCAAAACAGAGCACAGGAGAGCAUGGACAAAGACCAGCUAAGACUGUCACCUUCUCUAGUCCUCGGAAACAGAAACCUUCAGCCCCAGAGGUCAGAGCAGAGAAGGAAAAGACAGUUAUAAAGAUGAGUGACUUCCUUGACAGGGUGGUGCUUACAGAUACUCAGAAGAAACCCAGUGUGAAGCCACUUGGUGACCAAAGAGCAGUCAUUUUUGAAAAAGGCUCUCCAGCCCUGAAAUUUCUAGACAAGCAUGACGCUAAUUCAGAAAUGCAAAAGCAUAAAGAAAGGAGAGUGGUGAUUAAGCACCCCUCUUCGGGAAGUGACUGGUCUAACUGGGAUGAGAUUUCUGCAGCCAGAGUCUAUCAGGAGAAGCCAGUCUCACUGAGUCUCUCAAGAGUUUCAAAGCCUUCAUCCUUCACCACUGACCGUGUCAUAUAUCAGCCUCCUUUGUACAGUGGUCCUUUGCAUGACUAUGCCAGCUACCAAGCCAGCAGUCACAAGCCUUCUCAAAAACCCUGCCUGGGUAGCAGCAACAAUAUAUUGCAGGCUGGGAAGAGCAGCCGCAGCUUCUCCAGUAAUUAUUCCUCCAGCUCUACAGUGCGCUCCCAGAACUGGUCCAGAUACCUGAAGGCAUCAGAGAAAGGUCAUUCCCAGCAUUCUGGUUCAUUUCAUUUUUCCAGAAGUUCAAAAGCAAAGAUGAAGGAGAAAACAACAUUCCAAGAGGAGACACCAUCACGUACUUGGGGAAGACAUGCAUCUAGUUCCCAGCCAAAGAGCCACUGGGAGCAAAGCCUAAAAGAGGGUUUCAUUGAUACCCAUUGUCACUUGGACAUGCUCUAUUCCAAGUUGUCUUUCAAAGGGACCUUUACCAAGUUCAGAAAAAUUUACAGCCGUUCCUUCCCUAAGGAAUUUCAGGGCUGCAUCGCUGAUUUCUGUGAUCCUCGCACACUAAGGAAUGGCCUAUGGGAGAAUCUGUUGAAAGACGAUCUGGUUUGGGGAGCCUUUGGCUGUCACCCCCAUUUUGCAAAAUUCUACAGUGAGUAUCAUGAAAGAAAUAUUUUGAAAGCCUUACAGCACCCCAAGGCUAUAGCAUUUGGAGAAAUGGGUUUAGAUUACUCUUGUAAGUGCACUACACCUAUCCGACAGCAGCACAAGAUAUUUGAAAGACAGCUGCAGCUGGCUGUGUCUCUAAAGAAGCCCUUGGUGAUCCACUGCCGAGAAGCUGACAAAGAUCUGCUGGACAUCAUGAAAAAAUUUGUGCCCCCUGACUACAAGAUCCAUAGGCAUUGCUUCACUAACAGUUACCCAGUCAUUGAGCCCCUUUUGAAGUACUUUCCCAAUAUGUAUGUGGGCUUCACAGCAGUCCUGACUUACACUUCAGCUUCUGAGGCCCGGGAUGCUCUGAAAAAGAUUCCACUGGAGAGAAUUGUCGUGGAAACUGAUGCUCCCUACUUCCUUCCUCGUGGGGUUUCCAAAAGCCUUUGCCAGUAUGCCCACCCAGGCAUGGCCCUGCACACAAUUCAAGAGAUUGCCAGAAUCAAAGAUCAGCCACUCUACCACAUCUUGGCCACCUUGCGUGGGAACACUAGUCGCCUUUACAGUAUUUAA